AUGGCAAUAGCAAAUACAUCCUCAGCACUAUCCUUUGCCACAGUUUUAUCCCAACCGCCUGCAAAGCUCCAAUUCUGUCGACAAUGUCUGCGAUCAUUUUCCACCAGCCAGGCGAUGCUGGCAGGCCACAACAAGUGGUCCAAGACCAAACACAUCAAGGCGGUAACGGAUAAGAAGAAGAUGGCGGAGCGAACGGCAUUCACAAAGCUUAUUGCAAUGUACUCGCGAACGAGCGUUCCGAAAGCCCUCGUCGAAGCAGCAAUCGCUCGCGGCCAAGGCCGAUCAGCAGCCGGAGCGCAACUGGAAUCAAUGACCUUCGAAGUACUCAUGCCGCCUAAUAUUGCCCUGAUCGCCGAUAUAGAAACCGACAAUAAAACCCGCACCUUGCAUGACCUCAAAUAUGUUGUCAAAAAAGCCGGCGGCGUCACCGGCUCAACUUCCUUCUACUUCUCGAGGCGUGGCCGAAUAAUAUUCAGGAACAAGCAGGGCGGACCAACUCUGUCUGAUCUUCUAGAAGAGGCGAUUGAGCAUGACGGAGCUGACGACGUAGAAGAAUUACCAGACGGGGACUUCCUGGUGUUAACAGAGCCAACGCAAUUGAUGGCCAUCACAGAAGCACUUUCGAAGAGAUUUGGGCUUGAGGUCGUCGAAUCAGACAUAAUCUGGGCCGCAAAUGACGAUACCAGGACUGCAAUCGACACCAAGCAAUCUGUGGAAAGCUUAGAUGCGCUUUUGACUGGGCUACGAGAGUAUUCCGAAGUCAAAGCAAUCUUUGCAAACAUCAACCAAGGUAGCAUUACCGAGGAAGAGUGGGAGAGGGUAGAGAGGCACAUGUAUGUAUGA